GUGUCAUCUGAGCACAUCACAUGAUGUCCAGUUUCCAACAACAAUGUGACUGUGACUGUGUUGACGCCGCAGCCGCCACUUCCUCUUUUACGCAACAUUGGCUUCCAACAGCAGCGAUGAAGUUUGCCGCCACCGACCGCGUCCUCGGGCCUCGCAGGAGAACUUGCCGAGAGAUGCCCCGGGCCACGCGCCUGCUCCUCUACCUGUGGGAGGUUUACGCUUCAGCUCGCCCGGUGGGGCGCCACCUGGUGACCCUGACGUGCCUUUGUCUGGCUCCGGCCCUCCUUACGGGCGCCCUGGUCCACCGGUGGCUCUCGCAAACGCUGCGCUGCGGGCACCAGGCCGCGCUCGGCACGGCGCUGGUCUCGGGCGCCGCCGCGUUGGCCGCCGCCGUCCUGUGUCACCCGCUGCGCUGCGCGCUGACCGUGAGCCUGCCCACCGUUUGCGCCCGGCAGGGCCGCGAGCUCCUCAUCUCCGCCUCGCUGGCCGUUCUCCUCGCCGACGUCAUCCCCAACAUCGGCGCCAACGUGGGCGCCGUGGUCGGCGCGCUCAAGUGCGCCGCCGAGGGCUUCUCGCGGACUUUGCUGAACUCUUCGGAGCUUUUGAACGCAGCCAGGGGGGAAAUCUUCCAGGAAGCCGUUCGAGCCGGGAAGGAAGACCUGAGCCUCGUCGCCAAGGUCAGGACGUUAGAGCGCUUCACGCGCGUGGAUGUGAGCGAGGUCAAGAGCAGCUUUGUCAAGAUGAUCGGGCAAGUCCAAGUCAACUUCUCCCAUAUGAGGAACACGCUGACACGCUACAAAGUUCUGUCCAACAGGAUUCUGGCGGCUGGGUUUGUCGCCUUGCUGAUUUGGGAAUCUGCUUGCUACCUGAAAUCAUAUCUGACCUGCGUCAAGUUUGAUAAUCACGGCAUCUCAAAAGAGCGGCGGUGGCGGCGGCAGCGGCAGCGAAAGGAAGCCCGCGCUCCCUCCGGCGGCGGCGGCGGCUUUGCCCCGGUGCUCCGAAGAUUUCAAAUCUCUUGCCGGGACUACACGCCCAGCGUCGUAUCGCUCCUGGCGGUGACCUUCCACUUUAGCGCCAUGGCUUUAAUAGCAGCCUCGGAUCACGUCGUCUAUCGUACGCUGCGAGUCUUCCUGCCGUGGCUGCUGGACUUUCCGGCCAUGUCUGCCAACAUGGAGGUCACUUACAAGGUGCGCUGGUUCCCACCGGCGUUUUGCAUCGUCCCACGGUCGUGCGUCACGCGGCAGCUGGCAGACUUGCGCAAGGACUACAAGUGGAACUUCAGCCCCGAGGCGUCCACGUGUGACGCCGCCUUGUCGGAUCCCGGCGCGGGCGCCAGCGCGCUGCUUGCGUGCCUGUGGCUGAUGAGCUACCUGCUGGUGUUCCUCGAGGCCUACGCCGCCAGGCUACAGAGGAACAUUUGCGCGUCGUUUUUCAAAAAGCAGGAAGCCAGGAGAGUGGCUUAUUGCACGGCAAAAUCCCGAGCCGAGCGGGACGGACAGGAGACCGUCUUUAUUUCGUGUCCCUCAGCUCUCGGCUAACUUGUAUAUAUAUGUAAUAUCCAUCCAGCCGUGUCCGACAGUCUCUGAGCCAGUCCUCGUCUUUCGGUCGCUCAAUGCUCAUUCUUACAUUUUUCCGGAUGACGUCCGGCCAACGGGUCUCGGGUAAGGAGCGUAGCGAAGCAAUUUGCAAACAUAUGAGCAAAUAUGUGCUGAAACACAAUCGUACAGCAUGUUAGAAAAAUAAAAAUGAAUGCAAAACAA